CUUUACAUCUCUCCUUGACUCUCUCUAUAUAGCUGCCCUUUCUGCACUGCAGAGUUAGGUUGCUAGAACAUUGAUUACUGGAGGAUGAAAAUGGCAGUUUUUAAUUCACGAUUGAUGUUAGUUUAUUUUCUUGUUUUGUUGGUGGAGUUGUUCAUCAGUGGAGCCUAUGGGGCUAUUUCUCAAGGAAAUAUGAGAACCAUUGAUGGAAUUAACAAGGAGGGUCCGUACUUGGGUAUUAUAGUGCCAAAUGCCUAUGAGAUGAAUCCUCUUUUGCAGUCUCCGAGCUUUCAGACUCAUCAACACUUUCCUUACUUUGAUUUUGCCGGAAGAAGGUUUCGAAUUGGAGGAUUGGGCAAUGAGAAGGUUAUUAUUGUCAUGACCGGACUGAGCAUGCUUAAUGCAGGUAUAGCCACACAGUUAUUGCUAAGUCUAUUUAAGGUGAAAGGUGUUCUGCACUAUGGAAUUGCCGGAAAUGCAAACUCUCAACUUCAAAUUGGAGAUGUCACUAUUCCCAGAUAUUGGGCUCAUACUGGCCUUUGGAACUGGCAGAGAUACGGAAAUGGGCCUGAUGAUGAGCUAGCAUUUGAAUCUGACGGAGACUACACCAGAAGCAUCGGCUAUCUUAAGUUUUCUGAUUAUAACAAUGGCACAAAGAAAGAUAACUCCUCAUCAGAUAACCUUCUGAACAAUAUUUGGUAUCAGCCUGAAGAAAUCUUCCCAGUUUAUGGAACUCCUGAAGAAAGGCAGCACCUGUUCUGGGUUCCUGUUGACAAACAUUACUUUUCAGUAGCAAAAAGACUUAAGAGUCUGAAGUUGGGUGGAUGUGUGAAUGAAACUUGCUUACCAAGAACACCAAUGGUGGUGAGGGUUAGAAGGGGGAUUUCUGCAAACGUGUUGCUGGACAAUAGUGCUUAUCGACAAUUUUUGAACUCCAAAUUCAAUGCAACCCCGGUUGACAUGGAAACUGCUGCUAUUGCUCUCGUCUGUCACCAACAAAACAUUUCCUUUAUUGCAUUCAGAUCUCUGUCCGAUUUAGCUGGUGGAGGUUCUGCCUUGUCCAAUGAAGCUGCCAUCUUUGGCUCUUUAGCUGCUCAAAAUGCUGUUGACGCUUUGCUUAGGUUCAUUACCUUACUGUCCACGUAAUUACGCAU